GGAGCGACAGCCAAUAGAAACUCAGAUGCAAAUGAGGUUUAAACGUGUCCCAGGAACCUGGAGUUUCGCGCGUAGCUCCUCUGCAGCUCCGUGUGUGUGUGUGUCCGUGGAGCUGGACGCGGCUCCCGAUAUAUCGAACAAGCGGAGAAAAUGACACGUCGACACAGCAGCAGGAGUCAACCCCGCGGAACGAGAUGAAUAAGCAGCGUCUCUUGGCCGCGGAAGGCUCCGACGGUUCGGAGAAAAGCUCCACCACCGGGACCCUCACCCCGCAGACCGCCCUCAACGAGGCCGCCUUCGUGGGACCGCAUGACGGCCUGAAGUUCCCUGCACCUCCCGGGCCCUCCGCCACUACAGCAACCGGCUCAGAGCAGCAGACACGUCCACGCGAACAAGCCCAGGCAAAGAGAAGACUGAAGCUGGAAGCCAGUUACACUGAGGAUGAAGGUGGAGCUUCCAAAGCCAAGAGGCCCAUGGACUCGACUCUUCACAACACGGGACAAAAGACCCCCUCAAGACCUGGUCCCGCCCCCAAUCCCAUAACAAACAUUUCUAUGAUUGAGAGGUCGCGAAAUGACACCUCGCUCAGUUUGCUGACACGGAGGUUUAUAGAACUGCUGAGGAACUCCCCUAGUGGCGUGAUCGACCUAAACUUAGUCACCAUUCAGCUCAAUGUCGCAAAGAGGCGUAUUUACGAUAUCACCAACGUCCUUGAGGGGAUCCGGCUCAUCAAAAAGAAGUCUAAAAACAUAUUUGAGUGGAUGAAUACUCCAAUCAGUAGAGAAGAGGUUGAAAAAAUGGACGCUCUCAUUGAGCAGGAGAGGAAGCUGGACGAGCUGAUCGAGAGCUGUAUGUGGAAAGUUCAGGAGAUGUCGGAGAACCAGUACACUCAGAGAUUUGCCUAUUUGACGCAUGAGGAUGUUCAGAUGAUCCCCAGUCUGAAAGAACAGACUGUGAUUUUGAUCAAAGCUCCUCCUGAGACAAAACUGGAGGUCCCACAUCCAGAGGAGAGGCUCCAGGUCCACAUCAGAAGCACCCGGGGACCCAUUGAUGUGUUCUUCUGCUCCGAUGACCCCGUCUCUUCGGUCGGCACAGAUGUCUCUGUGGCCAAUGACAGCUACUCGAACUUGUCCACCCGUGGGAAUGACUCCGUCCCAGUUUCGUCUGACUCCUCCUUCGCCCAUGUGUCUCCCAAAGAUGAUGCUAACAAUACACCCGGAAUCAAUAGUAUCUGCAACACGCUGUCCGAUCCGACACAACAUUCAUCACCGGUUACUGUUGCCCCCGCCUCCCUCGCGCCCACCUCCCUCACCUCCCUACAACCCCCCUCUGAAGACCAGCAGAGCUUUGUCACUCUCGCCUCACCCCUGGCCUUCUCUGUUGAUGGGGAGCAGUACCUCCUGAGCCUGGCUGAGAACGGGGGCAUCACUGACCUCUUCUCCUCUGUCGACCAGGAGCAAUUGCCAGUGAAGAUGCCCCUUGUCUGAGCAGCUGUUCUUUUUGAAAUAAUCAAUAAUUUUGGCAGCAGUGGAUAUCUUCACACAAACAGGAUAUCACAGGGAAUGAAAGUACCGCUCUAAAUAUGCAUUUUUAAUAUAUAUCCACAUUUAUCUUUCCUGGAAGAUGUAACUCUGAUUUACUCACACUCAGGUAUGUGAAGGUAGAUGCAACACAAACAUUUUACAUAGCUUUAUUGCAAUGACCGUAUUGUUCUGAAUACUAAGGUAGAUGUCUACGACUUGUGGACUUAAAGGAAACUGAAUCAGAGUUCCUGUCGUGAACAUGAAGGAUCUUUCUCAACACAGCCAGAAGAUUUAGACGUCCGUUUGGCAUUUUUAUCUGCAGACAUUCCUGUUUUAAAUACUCCUGAAACUUUGUUGCUCUUGUUGGACUUCAAGCAAAAAGCACCACAUUGGAUGGUGAUUGUGCAGACCACAACCGCAUGUUUAAUAAGUUCAGUUUCUUUUCUGAUUUCAAAGGGUUAGUCCCUCAUCACUUUGCACUGACAUAGAAAUGCCCCACUUGUCUUGAGUUGCUGAAGUAAUGAUGCCUCAUGUCUGAAUAAUGUGCCUGGUAUUGGAUACACUGAAUUUAAUAACACUGACAAACUGUAUGUAAUGGGGAUCAGUCAUUUUUAAGGUGUUGGAUUGGUGCUUUCCUGUCAGCUAAGCUCGACAAACUACAGCAUAACUCAGUCGGUCUGGCUUUUGGCUUCACAGUUUUCUCAGGGCUCUGGGACCUUUUACUAGAAGUGCAAUUUUACAUUUGUUUGACUCAAAAUAUUUAUGGCAUUUCCCAAAGUUUGACAUAAUACAUUUUGAGUUCAUGAUUUGAUAGCAGUGCUUUAUCCCGGACAUUGUGUCAACACUCCUUUUUAUAAAGUCUACUUCACAUAAUACGAUUUUGUUACUCCUGCUGAAUGAUCGCGUUCGUGCGUGUGUGCGUAUGUGUCACGUGUGUCGCGUAUGUCCGUGCGUCGCAUACGUGUGUGUGCGUUGUGUGAAUUACCCAGCAAUCUGCAAGUCUUAUAGUAUGUACUCAGCUUUGGUGGUGAAGAAUUGUCAGGCUCUCCAAUUCACUGACUGCUUUUUGAGAUGUGAAACAUCUCAGCAAGUCAUUUUCUCAGGUACAGAUGCAGCCCGUCAUCAACCCUGUUGCUGUUGAUAAACACGGCAUUAUUUGGCUACACUGUGACUUGAUACCGACUAAGCUAAGAAAUCUCUUUUAUGUAGAAAAACUGGUUCUUGACCAUAGAGAAUGUAGCUCUCGUAGUGUCAAAUCAACCAGGGAGAGUGAAAGGUUUGGAGUGACCUUUGAUGCUUGAGCUUCUUGUGUGAGUACUGCUUAAAGUACAAGAAAAUAAAUCUUAUCUAUAUAUGAAAAGGUUGUCAUUUUUAGCAUGUAAACCCUUAAAAACCUAAUACAGAAGGUGCCAGACCUUUGUUGUAGAGCUGAAAAAAUAACAGAAAACAAAUCUCCAACAAUUUUCAUAUAUAUUUACACACACAUAUAUAUAUAUAAUUCCAUUUUAAUCAUUUUAAAAUAAAAAAUUCAAAAUAUUUGCUGGCCCUAGCUUCUUAAAUAUGAGGAUUUUAUGCUUUUUGGGUCAAACAUGAGACAUCUUUGGAUGUAGUAAAUUAGAACAGGAUGAAUCACUGAAGCUGGUUAAAGAAUAAUUCCACUGGUGGGUUUGGGUGUAAUGUCAUUAAGAAAACUAUUACAGGGCAGUUUUGAGGAUUAUUGAGAAUGUGACACUAAAGGUUUAAUGUCAGUACGUUGUGUUUUUUUUAACCUGCUGUUCAGAGCGUCCACAUCAUGGAUUUCUUAAUAUUAUAAUUUUUUAAUCCUCAGUUGACAAUGAGUUUGUGUCCAGACUGCUGUGCACCAAAGUUGUGCCCACAGACCUUGAGGGCUAAAUGGCUGUUAAGUGAAGGUAAACUUACUGUCAAACUGAAAUAAAUGCCUGGUUACA